AUGGCAUCAAUGAGUGAAAAUCACCUGAAUUUGCUAAAACGGUUAAAAGAAAUAUCCAAGCUGAUUGAAAUUACUUUGCAACAGAACAAUAGAUUGAAGGCCAUCUUAGGUAGUGAACAGUAUUUUAGGAAAAAAUGCGAAGCGGCUAUAGAAACGAUUGAAAACACCACAGAUCAGCAGGAGUGCUUCAGAAAGGUGUCCAAAAUCUUUAUCAAAAAACCACGAGAAGACCUGAGAAACGAACUUAAAGAGGAAAUGGCCCAAUACGACAAGCAUACCCCGCAUUUAGUGGAACUCCGAAAAAAGCUAAUAGACAAGUUGUCCAACUUGAAGGAUCAAUAUAUGCAGACCCAUGAAAGUAUUGAGAGAGAAGCAAACCAAACUGCUUAA